CGCGUCCAGCCUCGCGAUCCCAAGGUUCCUGCACACCCCUAGGUCCGAGGCAGCCACGCAGACCAGCUAUGGCGCUGCGUGCGGCAGUGUUCAGCUUGGACGGAGUGCUGGUGUUGCCCUCGAUCGCCGCCGCCUUGGUUAGCAUCGAGGAGACCCUGGCGCUGCCUAGAGGCUUUUUGAAUGAAGUUUUCAAGAAAGGAGGCCCAGAUGGUUCCAGUGCCCGCCUCAUUAAAGGAAAGAUGACAUUUUCCCAGUGGGUGCCUCUCAUGGAAGAAGAUUGCAGGAAACAUUCUGAGGCCUCUGGAAUCUGCCUCCCAGAGAAUUUCUCUAUAAAUCAAAUAUUUGGGAAGGCGAUUUCAGCAAGAAAGAUCAACCGCCCUAUCUUUCAGGCAGCUCUCACUCUCAGAAAGAAGGGAUUUACAACCUGCAUCCUCACCAAUAACUGGCUGGUCGAUAGUGCCCAGAGAGGCAGCCUGGCCCAGCUGAUGAGUGAACUGAGGCUGCACUUCGAUUUCCUGAUAGAGUCAUGUCAUGCUGGAAUGGCCAAGCCUGAGCCUCAGAUUUACAAGUUGGUACUGGACACCUUGCAGGCCAACCCCAAUGAGGUUGUUUUCUUAGAUGACACUGAGGCUAAUCUGAAGCCAGUCCGUGAUUUGGGCAUGACCACCAUCCUUGUCCAAGACACCGAUGCAGCCCUGAGAGAACUGGAAAAAGUAACCGGCAUGCAGCUUCUCAGCACCACAACCCCUCUACCAACCGCAUGCAAGCCAAGUGACAUGAGCCACGGGUAUGUGCCAGUAAAGCCGGGGGUCCGUCUGCACUUUGUAGAGCUGGGCACCGGGCCUGUGGUGUGCCUCUGCCAUGGUUUUCCUGAGAGCUGGUUCUCCUGGAGGUACCAGAUCCCUGCUUUAGCACAGGCGGGCUACCGGGUACUUGCUGUGGACAUGAAAGGAUAUGGAGAGUCCUCUGCUCCUCACGAAAUAGAAGAAUAUUCCUUGGAAGUGUUAUGUAAGGAGAUGAUAACCUUCUUGGAUAAGUUGGGUAUCUCUCAAGCAGUGUUCAUUGGCCACGACUGGGGAGGCCUGCUGGUGUGGUACUUAGCUCUCUUCUUCCCUGAGAGAGUGAGGGCAGUGGCCAGUCUGAAUACUCCCUUCAAGCCGAUGAAUCCUGAUGUGACCCUAAUGGAGACGAUCAAAGCCAAUCCUCUUUUUGAUUACCAGGUCUACUUCCAACAACCAGGAGUGGCUGAGGCUGAACUGGAAAAGAACCUGACUCGAACUUUCAAAUGCUUAUUCAGAAGAGGUGAUAAGCUUGGUCUAAUCAGCAGUUUAAGGAGCUCUGUGACAGCACAUUGGUUAAGCACUUGGCUGCUAACUGAAGAGUUGGCGGUUCGAACCCACCAGCCACUCCGUGGGAGAAAGGUGUGGCGGUCUGCUUCCAUGAAGAUUACUGCCUUGGAAACCCUAUGAGACAGUUCUACCCUGUCUUAAUAGGGUUGCUAUGAGUCAGAAUUGACUGAACACCAAUGGGUUAAUCUGCAGCUUAACCCAUCAUUGAUGUAUCCUUUGGAAACCCGGGUGGUGUAGUGGUUAAAUGCUAUGGCUGCUAACCAAAAGGUCAGCAGCUCGAAUCUACCAGGUGCUUCUUGGAAGCUCUAUGGGGCAAUACUACUCUGUCCUAUAGGGUUGCUAUGAGUUGGAAUUGACUUGACGGCAAUAGGUUUGGUUUUUUUGUGUUAAUUUCAGUGAACCUUUUUUUUGUUUGUGGAAGUUGUAUUUGGUUCUUUUUCAAAUCAUUCUGGUCUCUUGUUCUGUUCUUGUUCAGUGUCUUGUUCUGUUCUUGCUUUUCAGUUCCUUCUUUUAUGUCUUUAAUAGUUUUAAACAUACUUAUUUUUCAUUUUCCAGCUCUCUGCAAGUGCUAUUGUUUGAUGUUCUUGGAGCCUUAUUUUACUGUUGGCUAUGUUUGAUGCCUCUUGCUUUGUUUGUCUCUUGCUUAUCGGGCCAUGGGGUUUUUUUUUGGGGGGGGGGCGUAUUACAAUUUUGAAUUGUGAGCUCAUUUUCAGUAGCACUUAAUCUGUAGCAAUCUGCUUCAGUUUGAUUUGAGGAAAUAACCCUCCUGAGAGAUUUGGCAUUUGCUUCUGCUAGGCAUCCUGGUGGCUCACUUUGCCGUGGUGCUAGUUUAUUCUCACCUUGGGGGGUUCCAAAUCAUGUAUAUAGUGUAAAUCCAAACCCAAAUACUUGUGAAGGCAGCCUUGUAGCUAUGAAUUAUCAGGGGAGCUUUUUUUGGUUUUCUCUUAGAACCAAGCUGAGGCAGGCAGCUUGACAUCUCCUUCUCCCAUCUCCUUUGACGUCUCCCUGUUGAGAUGGGUGGAUUUUUUAUAACCCACCCUUUCACUUCAGUGGCCCCAGAUUUCCUGAGUUUACUGUGGCAGGGCAAGGAGUAUCUCAUUUCUAACUUCCUGCCCACCAUGGGCCUGAGGUCUCAUCUCUUGUUCCCUUUGGUUGAUAACCCAUCUUUACAUUGCCAGGAGCCCUGGUGGCACACUGGUUAAGCACUUGGCUGUUAACUGAAAUGUUGGCAUUUCAAACCCACCAGCCGCUGCAUAGGAGAAAGAUAUGGCAGCCUGUUUAUGUAAAGAUUACAGCCUUGGAAACCCUGUGGAGCAGUUCUGCUCUGUCCUGAAUGUAGGGUCACUGUGAAUCAUAAUGGGGUUUUACAUUGCCAGAACCUGCCAGUGCCCUUGAGCACCCUUGGCCUGGCUCUCACUGAGAGUUUUGCUGUCAGUUCCCUCUUUGCUUUGAGCCUGAGGAUUUCCCUAACCCUCUUGGGAAUUUAGCAUGUUUGUAGAUCUUUUGUUGGUGGAGGGUUUUCAGAUUAUCUGUUCCAGCAUUUUUUUCUUUACCUCAUCAAUGACUUGAGUUCUAACUU